AUGGAGAACCAGAUCGACAGUCCAAGGAAAAGAAUCCGUCUUUCCUUUGCGUGCAAUUAUUGCCGCUCUAAAAAGACCCGUUGCGACGAGGAACAGCCCUGUCGAAAUUGUCGUCAGGCUGGGGUGGAAUGUAUCACCACCGACAAGAGACGCGCCGGCGCGCUUGUCUCCAACCGGCGACGCACUGUGCCUGCAGAAUCGCCAUCUCAACAAGGAAUUCCCAGAACCCCUGAUUCUCAUCUUUCAGCAGCUACUCCUUCGGCUAGUCAGGACCGCCCACGACUAUGGAGCCAGUGUUGGGGGCGCGAAGGCUGGCAAACAGGACGUCUUCCAUUGAUGCCGCGAUUUGUGGGAGCGAGUACAGUGGAACUCAUGACUGAAUGGCUGGAUAUGGCCUUCUAUCGUCUCAAGGGAGCAAAGACCCAUGCUCUAUCUCCGCUGGUCAAUCGGAAUUUUGCAGCCGGUAUUCCCGAAAAGGCCCCUGAGCUGCCUUCGCCAGCGGAAUUAGAGGCUUAUAUGAGUAACUUUUCGGAUACGCUGGGUCAGCUUUUCCCAUUCCUUGACCGGGGUAGGGUGGAUUCGUUCUUCACGACAGAAGCCCUUACGUCUACGGUGCAUCCGACUCAAGCCUCAGGUGUGCACCAGCGGGCGCUGGUAUAUUUGAUGGUCACGGCCGGAAUGAUGGCUAUGCCCGCAUCGGAAGGCUCUCAAAGUCUAAUUUCAUCAUACAUUGCGUAUUGCAAUUCAUUACUGGGCCACAUCGUUGCUACACGCUCCCUCAAGUCAGUGCAAGCCAUUCUUCUUUUCGCAAUGGUCCUUCGCAGCUGCGACAAGAUUGCUUGGGCUUGGGAUAUUCUCACCAUGGGAGUAUCAAUGGCCCAGUCUCUUGGUAUCAACCAAGUCCGAUCCCCAAGUUCAACCCCCACUGGCUCAGACAAUCAGGAAUACCGAACAUGGUGGUCUAUGUAUGUCUUUGAGAAAAUCCUGGCGUUUGAGCUUGGUCGCCCUUCAAUGGUAUGGGAUCGCGAUUUGUCGGGUACGCUCGCGACGUCUGUUCUCGUUGAGACCCAACAUGACUCGGACCAACUGUUCUGGCAGGCAUCUAUCAGCCUAGCAAAUAUGCUACAUGAGUUGCAGGAACGAUCUGCAAAGGCAUGGAGGCGUGAGGCUUGGUUGCCUCAAACGGUGGAACAGGCGAUUGAAGAGAAGUUGCAAACUGGGGGAGAGCUUCUUGUUCUACUUUGUGAAUGGCAACAGAACUUGCCAGAUGAUCUGAAACUCCGGUCUACGGCCAUGGCCAGCUCUUACAAUGGAGCUCGAUCAGCGUUCCUCGCGUACUACUACAAUCUCGGUGUGAUCUUAGUCCAUCGUUCAACCCUUCUAGUUGACCCGAACGAACUACGUGAAGUGAUCGAGAGGUUUGCAUCCGACAAGCCAUGGCGUCAACGCCUUUUCAGCGGGCCUUCCCUAGUCACAGAAUCAGCUCGAGAGAUGAUCAAACUUUUCGUUCCACUCAUUGAUUCCGGGAUCCCCAAUUAUUUAACAUUGAUGACCUCUCCACUCCCUGCAGUAUACGCUCUUGCAGUUUCGAUCGUGCGAGAACAAAAGUCACUACUUGUUCGAUCUGAUUUUGAGCUGAUGAAAGCUGGUUUACAAAUUAGUCGACGAUACUACCAAAAGCAUGGCACAGCGCUCAAUUUUGAUGAAAUCUUGCGGGACCUGGAAGAAUACAUCUCCCACCUGCUCGAUGACCCAAUGCCAAAUCAACUCGAAUUGACGAGCUUGAGCACUACGAAUCCAAUUCUCAAUGACUCCUUAGUAGAUGACUCAAUACCUUUUACGUCUCUUGCAACGCAAUGGGGGCCAUCCGCUCUUGACUGGGGAGGUUGGGAUUGGAAUGAUUUGAGUCAUUUGUUUCAACAUAGUGAAUGA